AUGAGCAACACGGAAAAGGCCUUGGAAUCCUCAGAAGACUCCAGAACAACAGAGGUGCCAACCAAACCAUCUUUUCCCGAAGGAGGUAUCAAAGGUUGGCUUACAGUGCUAAGUGGCUGGUGUGUGAUGUUCAACACAUUUGGAUAUAUCAAUGCUUUUGGAAUCUACGAAUCGUACUACAAAGUCACAUUUCUCAGCAAUCAAAGUGAAUCAAACAUUGCAUGGAUCGGUUCCCUCCAAGCCUUCUUCAUGUUCUCCGGUGGCCUAAUUUCCGGCCCGAUGAUGGAUCGCUACGGUCCAAAGGUCAUCCUAAUUCCAUGCUCAAUACUCUUCGUCGCCUCCGUCAUGCUCACCUCCCUCUGCACCGAAUACUACCAAUUCAUCCUAGCGCAAGGCGUCCUCGGCGGCCUCACAAACGGCCUGACAUAUACCCCAGCCGUGACAGCCAUAAACCAAUACUUCUUCCAAAAACGACCAAUCGCAAUGGGCAUUGCGUCUAGUGGAUCCUCCCUGGCAGGCGUGAUCUUCCCUAUUGCCUUGAAUCGCAUGCUCAACAAAUCAAGCCUUGGAUUCGGGUGGUCCGUUCGCGUUUUGGGAUUUCUAAUGCUGGCAUUGAGUAUCAUCUCCUGUGCUGUUAUCACAUCGAAUGCGCCUAAGAGGAAGAGUGGGGCUCCGUUCUUGCUUGCUGCUUGGAAACAACCGGAGUAUUACUUGCAGAUUUCGGGAUUGUUCUUGGUCUUUUGGGGUCUUUUUGUUCCGUUCUUUUAUAUCCCUGAGUAUGCGGAGUCUAUUGGUCUCAGCAUUGACAUGUCCUUUUAUCUCAUUGCAAUUUUGAAUGCGGGAUCCCUCUUCGGCCGACUUUCUGGUGGAGCAUUGGCGAAUCGGAUUGGGCGAUUCAAUACUUUGACUGGUGCCUCGAUUGUCUGCGCGAUUCUGAUAUUUUGUUGGCUGAGAGUUACAUCCCAGGGUGGAAUGGUUGCGUUUUCGGUGUUGUUUGGGUUCUUUUCUGGAACCGUUAUUGGUCUAUUUCCAGCUACCAUUGCUAUGACUGCGAGCAAGCCCAAUGAGAUUGGCUCGUAUAUGGGAAUGGCAUUAGGAGUAUUGAGUAUCUCUACGCUUACUGGGACGCCCAUCUCCGGAGCUAUGAUCAAUAGCUAUGGGUCAUAUCACCCUGCUAUCAUUUUCGCUGGGGUGGCGACUAUUGUUGGAGGCGCCAUUAUUUUCGGGGCUCGAGCCGUUUUUGCGGGAGCCAAAAUCGCCGCUUGA